AAGGGGGAUAGGAUAGGGAAUGCCUGUUAGAUGAAUCUUGCCGGUAAUAGCACACAUCAGCCACGGCACUGCGACUGACAGCACAGGCAGAGAGCGGGGGGACUGAGCAGCUGAGCACAGAAUUGUACAAUGAGAGAGAGAGAGAGAGAGAGAGAGAGAGAGAGAGAGAGAAUAACUGAAUCAGAUUAUCAUCAGCACGUUGGAGAGCGCAAAGCACAGAGGACUGUGUGAGCGCAGGAAAGGAGGAGAAGAAGAGGAGAGAGGAAUACAGAUACAGGAUUGUGUUGUAUGGGGGGAGGCAAAAGGUUCCAGCUCCCCAGGCAGAAAUCAGUCCUGAGGUCAGCAGUAGGGAGGAAGAAGUGGAGCAGCUGAGAGUUGGAGAGAAAGAUUCACAGGCACACACACAGCACAGCCGUGUGGAGAUCCAGGGGACACUAUUGAAACUUACUGACUCAAGGACGUAGCUUGCUGUAACUCAUCAGGGUAAUAAUGCUCCUCGCUGGACUAGGACUUCUCUGCAUGGCCAACUCAGGAGCAUGAGAGCAGACAUUGGACAGGCAGACGACACAUAGAACCGGGAAUAUUGCCUGUGUCUUCCUUUUACUUACCCAAUACAGUUUAGUUGUGCCAUUGUUGGGGGGAUAGAAAGAUUCAGAGUUUCUGGGCUUGGAGAGAACCAGUACAGAUCAGAGAGGGAGAGAGGAGACUGCUGGAGGGGGAGAGUUGUGUCCUCUCAUCUCUGAGACAUGGUAGAGUGUGUUACGGUAGAGAGCCCCUCAGCAGCAGUGUUAGCCCAAGAGCAUGGAGAAGUCCAGCAGUGAGGAGUCAGCCAUUCACCGCAGCCCAUCCGUGGAUAGCCUCGACUCCGACUUUGUCCGCGACUCCACGUCUGGCCGCCCAUUCGGCGGCCGCGGCUUCACCGCCGGCGCGUUCUACGGCUCUACGGGGCCGCGCGGUACCACGGCACAGGGGCAGGUUGGGACAGCGGCCGACACCAGCGUCAACAUCGGAGGAGACAAGAGCAGCAAUAACAAGUACACGGCGCCCAAAGGCAGCAAAUACGUGGUCUUUUACCUGGAUCUAUCAUUUGUGUUCCUUUUAGAGUUCAAGAAGUACAACAUGGCACGGGGCUGUCUCUGCUGUUUGAAGUACAUGAUGUUCUUCUUCAACCUCGUCUUCUGGUUGUGUGGCUGUGGGCUGCUGGGCGUUGGCAUCUGGCUGUCUGUGUCCCAGGGCAGCUUUGCCACCUUCUCACCCUCCUUCCCGUCGCUCUCCGCUGCCAACCUGGUCAUCGCGAUCGGCGCCAUCGUCAUGGUGACCGGCUUCCUGGGCUGCCUGGGAGCCAUCAAGGAGAACAAGUGCCUGCUUCUGAGUUUCUUCAUUGUCUUGCUGAUAAUCUUGCUGGCAGAGCUGAUACUACUCAUCCUGUUCUUUGUGUAUUCAGAUAAGGUCAGUGAGAAUGCCAAGCAGGACCUGAAGGAUGGCUUGUCUCUGUACAACACAGACAACAACGUAGGCCUUAGGAAUGCAUGGAACAUCAUCCAAGCAGAGUGGAAGUGUUGUGGGGUGGUGGGGUACACAGAUUGGCAUGAGGCCCUCAAGGAGAAAAUGGUGCCCGAUCGCUGCUGCCAGGAGCACUACCAAGAAUGCGGACGCAACUCCACCAACAUGUUUUGGACAAGGGGCUGCUAUGAGAAGGUGGAGGAGUGGCUCGAUGACAAUAAGCAUCUCAUGGGAACCAUUGGCAUGUGCAUCUUGGUAGUACAGCUCCUCGGCAUGGCGUUCUCCAUGACACUGUUCCACCAAAUCCAUAGAACGGGGAAGAAGUACGACGCUUAGCGGGUGACAGACGGCACACAGUGAAACGAGCCCCAUACGCUGCCUGAUGGGAAAGACUCUGGAUGGCCCCCUAUCCCCCCUUACCCACUGCAUCACUAAGCCUCCCCAUUCUUCCCAGAAACCCUGUACAGACUGCAGCUGUGUCACCCUCCUCCUCUGCUCUGUCCACUCCACCAUUCAUUUGCCAAAGAAAAAUGGGACUGGAAGAUAAAAGGACAAAUAUACUUUUGGCAAGGAACCCUUAGGUUAUCGCUCUCCUCUUCAGAAGUACAUUUCUAUUUUUGGGGUGCUUGUACUAACAGUUUUGUGGGAAGUACGAAUUUUGUGAAACGACAAACGCUUUACUAAUACUCACAUCCCCCUGCAAGGCAAAGAAAGAGAAGACAACAAAACAGAUAUUGUAGUUCCCUCCUGGCUUUCAUGGAUUUUGUUGUGUUGAUUAUUUAUGUUAACUUUCCCUUGUAAAUGAUGAAAGGCUCCAACAUAGCAUGCUAGUUUUCUACUCCCUGGAACUUUUUGUUAUUGAAAAUGUCAGACAACAAUGUUUUUUUCCCCAUUACAACAUGAUUUUUUUCCUAAAUGUUUUCUUUAUGCUCAUAUGGAAUGGAGUGUUUGAUAUGCUAAGUCUUAUCUCUUGUCAGAGCUGUAAAAUGGAUGAGGCUGAGGCUGUGGAUGGCCAGAGGUCAGGGGUUAGGAUCAAGGUUAUAAUGCCAGGAGUCCUUAGUGCGUGGUGCUCUGGAUUCAGACAGGUUCUUGGAACGUCAGGAAUGUUCUGUGAUAGGAAGAAUUACAAAUCUUGAAAUCAAUAGUCAUUUCAACCAAAUCACCCAGAUAACCAUCUCACCACGCAACACACAAAGAAACAUACCAGUGUUGUUCUCGUUUCAACUUCCACCUACAUUUACAUUUCAAAGUUUAGUAAUUUAGCAGACACUUAUCCAGAGUGAAUUACAAUUAGUGCAUUAAUCUUAAGAUAGUCUAUAACCACCAGUACUUCCAUUCUGAAAUCAAAUAAAUAGACGGUUACAAAAUGAAUGUGUUUAAUACGGGCCCGUCAGGACUGGCACAUAUCUGGUGCUCUCUCUCUCUCUCUGAGGGCUGAGACUAGUGACUGCAGCAUUAGAUCAGACUGAUGGAGCUGCUACUGCAGUGGAGGCAGUGUGAGAUGUGAGAGGAGAGAGAGAACAGAACUGCUGGAUGGAUGGCUGCCUUCAAACGUCUACAACAGCAUUGAUCGUCUGAAGAGUUUCUCUGCUGUUUCUCCUCUUGCACACCUGAACUCUUUUUAAAAAAUCCCUCUGUUUCUCCAUCUCCUCUCUCGCUCUCUCCUCUUCCUCUCUCUCUUUCUUUUUACAUGUCAGAAUGGCAGGAGAGAUAGAAACUCUUCGCAGUACACAUUUCCACUGACAUUCCUUCUAGACUAAGUGAUGAUGUAUCUAUCUCUACCUCUAGUCUGGAUGCUACUGCUGUUGUAGUUUUCAAAGCACAUCCCCUGCUUCAGUCUGUCACAGAGGGGGUGGAAGGUGAGGGAGGGAAUCGGAUCAAAAGGUGAUGCAGUGGUUUAGAUACGGCAAUGCGUCCUGUUACUGGCGCCACAACGUAGGUCAAUGUUUGGCUCAACCACAGGAGUCCUGAACAACAAGUGUACUUCUGUUCAGGCCACUUGGAUAUCUACACUCUAAACUACUUAGGAGGGCUUUACCAACAGGAUCAUGUCCAUUAGGCUCCAUCAAAACAGACCGAAACAGUGUGGGACUACCUGGAAACGCACAUUUUCCAAUGCUUGCCCUAAUGAACGCAACCCAGUUUUCCUUUAACAUGUCAUCGUGCAGAAGAAGAGGGAAAUUUAAGAGGCGUUCACUGCCAACCGUCUGCUUGUAGUAAUCGAUAAACUGAUUCAUCAUUAACAUGCUGAACUGGCUUAAUGUUUACUGUACUUUGGGAAAUUUGAUAAGAAGUUAGAUAAUCGGGCCCAGAAGUUGCAAAGCUAAAAAAUGUAAUUUUUUAAUUUUUUUUUAAUUUUACCCCUUUUCCUCCCCAAUUUCGUGGUAUCCAAUUGUUUAGAAGCUACUAUCUUGUCUCAUCGCUACAACUCCCGUACGGGCUCGGGAGAGACAAAGGUUGAAAGUCAUGCAUCCUCCAAUACACAACCCAACCAAGCCGCACUGCUUCUUAACACAGCACCAUCCAACCCGGAAGCCAGCUGCACCAAUGUGUCGGACGAAACACCUUGCACCUGGCGGCCUGGUUAGCGUGCACUGCGCCCGGCCCGCCACAGGAGUCGCUGGUGCGCGAUGAGACCAGGAUUUCCCUACCGGCCAAACCCUCCCUAACCCGGACGACGCUAGGCCAAUUGUGCGUCGCCCCACGGACCUCCCGGUCGCAGCCACCAGAGAGUCUCUGGUGGCACAGCUGGCACUGCAGUACAGCGCCCUUAACCACUGCGCCACCCGGGAGGCCCUAAUAAAUGUGAUCUUACAAAUGUAGGAGGGUUAGGGGCUAGGAUUCUGCUUGGGAUAAGAAGUGUAAGAACUCUGACACUGCAUUACUGCUACAUGAAGAAUAAAGGGGAAGUAGAGGUAAUGUAACCAAACACAGCUAACUCAGAGACACUGCUGCCUAGCUUUUACACUCUCCGUCUGCAGCAAGGAUCAUCUGCAGGAUCAUCUAAGGUCAUUCAUUAAGGCUGAUUAGGACAUCUUUAUUUGAACAUAUUGGGAUGUACAUACCCUACAUAGUGGUAGAUUGCAGUAGAUGCUGGUUUGUGUGUAGCUGCGUCACAGGCUCAGUUGGUUGUUGCUCACCUUUACCUCUGAUUCGCCGGAUGCCCCCGUCAUACUCCACAGGGAAAACAUGACAGCUGCUGAUGUAAAGCACAGGCUUCACAUCCCCUCAGCCUGGGUGCAUCCACAAACAGUCGUCACAAUUUAGCGCUCCAGCAAAUUCUGCAAGGUACAUGCCAGGAUAGACAUUUGUAGCGACGUGACAGUUGUUUUUGGUCCCUUAAGAACUUGUUUGCUGUAGAGUGUAGACCUACAUGUGUAUCCUUUGUACCUCCCUUGUAAAUCCUUGCACCCUCUCCCUUGAGUAAGAUUGGGUGGUGGUGAGGGGCGUUUUAUUUGUCACUAUGCUUGCUCCCAGAAGUAAUACUGCAUCUAACAUCAUAGACUUAACUGAUCAUAUCUGUGAUCAUUACUGUAUUGUAAAAGUCUGACAUUGCCACAUUGUGUGAACUGAUUUCGGGUGGAAUGGUUUGAUGUUGAAUGAAAUGCAGAAUAGCCUCUUCAGCAUGAAGAUAGAUAUAUAUUUUAAAAUCCUGAAGACGAACCAGCUUCACACUGUUUAUAUGUCAGACGUGGUUCAAGAAUCAUCUCAAAAUCCCAAACUGUUUUUCCGUUGUCAUUCAUGUAACGUGUAACUGUCACUGCCCUCUUUGAAAUGUCAGUUUUCAACCAUUCAGAAAUGUUUCUGUUCUUCUGAGGGAAUUUGUUCAUGUCUUUGCUUCUCUCACAUUCUCCCAUCGUCAAUUGGUUUCUCAGUGUUUUAACAAUUGUUGUUUGUUCAUGUUCGUAGGGGUGCAGUAUAAGAAGGCCUGUUACUUUAACACAAAUUCUUUUUGUCUCUUGCUUUUAUACAAUAUGCUGUUUUACUAUGUUCUACUUGGCUUUGUUUUGUCUGAAGCUCACUGUCAGUUAUCCGGAGAACAUAACAUCAUUAGUAUUUUAUCCUUGGGAUUAUAAAAGGAUAGUUAGACGGGAGAGUUGAAGAUAAAAGAAACUCUCCUGUUCAAGGUGCAACUAAACCACCUUCCUGUCUUAACUUUGCCACAGGCAUUUAUCCAAGUCCCGUUUUGAGGGAGGAACAUGCAGUCAGAGUAGGACGAUAUACGAAGAUCUUUUAAAUUAAGAGUGCUAUUCUAUUAUCUGCGGUAUGUCUUUAGCCAUGCCUGUACCACUUUUAUAAAUGCCUGCCCAACCUUGCCCUGUGGAAUGUGUUAAAUCUCAGAUGACACUGACUAAGCAACAUAAUUCCUUUUACUGCAUUAAGAUUAUGCUAGUUCUGAGUGUAAAUAAUCUAAUUUCACAAAUGAUCAACUGUUGCAGUUGCACCUCUACAGUAGGAAGGAACUCAUGAACCUAAUACCUAUUGGCAUCAUUUGAUAUGAAAUGAAAUUCUAAAUGACAGCAGGAUCUUACCAACUAACACCUACGCUCUCUCUGACUGUAUAUUUUUGGAAAUCAUUUUCUCAGCUGUAUGGGUGUUAACUAAUAUCCUACCCAUUAAUUGUUAUUUUAUUAAUAUUUUAUUCCUUUGAUAGUUUGUUUGCAUUUGUACAUUUUCAUUCAGGAGCAGUGUAUAUGAAUGUUCAUAUGUUUUUUGAGGUUAGUACUGUAUUCAUGUUUUUACACUAUUGCAGCUUGUAGUGAGAGAUACAUUUCAUGCAUGGAGUUGGAAUGAGCAUUAAGUAUUGACUCUCUUCACAUGGAAACACUGCCACAGACUAGAGACGGAAAGGGAAGAAUGGUUGUUGGGGUUUUGUCGGCUAUGAGGGAAUUUGAAAGGAAGCAGCUCAUUUCUAUGUACCACCUUUGACAUAUUUUUAUAAUCUCUUCCCUAAUCCCCCUCCACUAAAGCUGACUAUCUGAGCUGUUCUGAAGUGUAUGCUCUUGAAUAGUGUGUUUGAUGUAGUGUCGUGGCAAACGGCAGUAUUAUCUGCUACAUGUCAGCCUUGUUCUGUGGAGUUUCUCUGCUACAUGUAAAAUCACUCUGAAUAUAAGGUGGUGCACUACAUUUCAUUCUUUAAAUCCUGCUAUUUUUGAAAUAAAGGAAAGUGUGUCGCAAAAUUCCAUGA